AUGCUGACUGCGCACCCCCCUCCGGGGGGCAGCCACCUGGCCGACCUGGCCGACAUCCAAAUUGACAUCGGCAAUGUCCCCGUUCUGGGGGACUUCCUCCGGCAGCUGUAUGCCCAGAGCGCUGCCCACCGGACGACCCCCCUCCCAGACUGGGCCAUCAACUGGACCUUCCUGAAGACCGCCCGUGCGGCCAUCUUUCGCCAGGCAAUGGUCUCCCUGGUGAGUGACCUGCUGGCGGCCGACCUCGCCGCCCUCCUGGCCAAACACCAGCUCCCGAUGCCCGGCGUGCCGGCGGCCCGGGUUUCCCUCCUUGGUGACCUCCCCCCGCCGCCGCCGCCGCCAGCCGGCCAUCCCCCCGAUGCCAUUCCCCUGCCUGCCUUCCUGCAAAUGCUGCUUGCCGCGCCACCUGAGCAGCGCCCCCUGCCGCAGGACAUCCACCUGAUUGCCGACGCGCUUGGCGGCCUGGCUGAUGCCCUGGGCUCGACAUCCUCGUCGGCACCCCUGCUGGCUCGUGUGCAGCUGGCCCUCCUGGCCGCCGGGCCUGGGCCGAUCCUCCCCCCGGCCGCCCCGCCGGUCGACCUUCCCCUGACCCGGCCAGGGGAGCCGCUUCUCCUUCAGCCGGCAUCCGGCGGUCUGUCCGCCCGGGCGGCCUUCCUCCUGCAGCGUGGCCUGCUACUUCUGGGCCGGCCGACUCCGGAGACCCUCCUCCCGGCGGUGGAGUGGUGGCAUGCGGCCGCCCGGUCACUGGCCCUCGAUCCGGCCCAUGCGGCUGGCACCUCGGCCACCUUCCUCCGCGAGCACGGCCAGCGCGCCCUGGCCCGGCUCAAUGGCCAGCUAAAGACCACGGUCGGCAAUCUCCGGCGCCAGGCGCGCCAAGUCCGAAGCAUCCUCCCCGCUCGCUUGCAGACCCAGCUCCGGGUCUUGGAUCGCUUGCUCGCCCGGGCCCAGGCCUCCGGCGGCGCCGCCGCACUCGCCCACCAGCUGGCCCUGCUGCUGACGGCGCUGGAUCUCGCGCGGGCCGAUGACGCCCUGUCGGCCUGUCACCAAUGCGACCUGUGCCGGUGUGCCCCAGCCAACCUGGUCGCGAGAGACAAUGCCGGGCCGCUCGCCCUGCUGCCGGCCCUGUGCCGACGCAACCACUCUUGGUGGCGGCGCUUUGCCCAAAUCCCAGAGGAGGCCCUGGUUCCCCACUGCGACAGACUCUUCCACGGGCUGAUCCAAGCCCAGGCCGCAGUGGCUCGGGGCCAGGCGGCCACUGCUCUGCAAGCCGGGGCCUCGGAUCGCCCGGUCGCCGCCGACGCCCAGCGAUGGGCGUGCGAAGCCCACGCGCAGUCUCUUUCGCAACAGGCCGGCCCCCCCACAUUGGCAUGGCUCCUUGGCGUGUAUCUGCAAUCCCAUCGGACGCACUGUGCCGCCUGUGCCCAAGUCCUGGGCCCUGAUGGCCAGCGGCAACCCUCCGGGACAUGCGGCUGCCCUGCCACGACGGCCCUCAUCCUGCCUCUGCACCAGCUGGAGCUCCAGUUCUCCCGGGCGGAUUCCGGCUCCGCCGCCGAGGCUGACUGGAUUGUCGCCGCGUCGGAUGGCCCCUCCUCCGUCGGCGAGUCUCACGAUACUGCCUCCUGGAUUGUCGACGCCGCCGACAGCACCUACCCUCCUGCUGGCGAUGCAUCCGCCAGCGAUGCGCCCACCGGCGAUGCGCCCGCCUCCCAUGGGGCUGCCAUUUCCUGGCUCUCAGACAGUGACCCGGACGAUGAGGAGCCCGUGUCCAUGCUCGCCUCGGCGUCCGUCCCCGACUCGAACGACGGUCCUCUGAUUGCGUCCCUGAAAAUCCUCCGGGCCUUCUUCCAGCAGCUUCGCGAUGAGCAGGCCCGAUCUUCGGCCGAUCUCUUUUCCUCCUCCACCAGCAUGGCACUGUUCGCUUCGCAGAUUGCACAGCACCUGCCCCGCCGGACGGCCUUCCCCCUUGCCAGCGGCCAGUUGGUCGAUGCCCUUGCUCGCCUGGACGAGGCCAUUCGCCACCUGGACCUGUCACAGGUCCGCCUUUCUCGGCGCGCCAGCGCCGGGGCCCUCAGUCGCCAACUGUCCGCCCUAUCCUGGCUGAUCUUCGAGCUGGAUGAAUCCACCGAGCGCAUGGCCCUUUUCCGAGCUUCCGCCGAAGAUCUCCUCCGUCAGGCGCACGGCAUCCAUGAUGAGCUGCUCCGAAGCUGUGCCCCGCUCACGGCUGCCGUGACCUCCCUUUCCAAGUGCCCAAUUGAAGUGGUGUACUCCAGUGGCCCGGUUCAUGAGCACUUUUUUCAGACAGUUCGAUCGGCACUGGAUGCCCUGGACACCGGGGCCCAUGCCCCGGGUCCCGGCCGGCCGACGGCCCCCCCGACCAUCGAACCCGACCAUGGCCUCACCUAUGAGGAGUUGUAUGGCGAGCCGUGA